CCCCCAGGAGGGGGUGGGCCCCCUCCUGGGGGCCCACCCUCUAGGUAUAGGAUGAAUCACAUCGGCCUGCAAUCUCUCACGCGUUCUUUCAUGCUCAUCCUCAGGUAUGCAGACAUGUUACUUUUCCGGUUCAUCAUCUGACUGAGCAACUUGCGAAAUCUUCCACGCGGAGAGAGAGAGAGUCUAUGUGCGCAGCCGCUUGCUUGUCCACUCUCAGCUAUUGACUCAAAGGGUAGUACAGGAACCCAUAGAGUCACACAACGAGCCGUAUACUCACAUAGACACCCAUAGACUUAUCACACAGACACCCAUCGACUCAUCACACAUACACCCACAGACUCAGAAACCCAUAGAGUCACCACACAGAGACCCAUAGACUCAUCACAGAGACCUAUUGACACCUCCUCAUCCUGCCGUGGUUAGCAGAGCCGGUUUCUUCAGUGAGAUCUCGCCAUGGCAUUCGCGAGGCUGUACCAAUCAAGGCUGAACCUUGGCCAAACCUUGCAGACCCUAGCUCUACUCUUGUCUUGCGCGGUGCUCUGCAAGGUGGGAGCUGCUGCUAAGCUUGCUGUGGAGGGCCCACCGGGUGUGGUGGUGGUGCAAGCCGGGGCUACGGCCACGCUCGGCUGCUCCUUCCCCUGCGGCACCGUUGGGGUGCAGAGCACCGUGGUGGAGUGGGAUAUGGUUGAGAGAGGGGACAAGAUCCUCAUGAUGGACGGCGUCCCCUGGCCCAUGAUCCCGCGAGCUGCAUGGAUCGGAGACUUCUCGACCUGCAACGCCUCCAUCUCCUUGUCUGAUGUGCGCGAGUCCGACUCCGGGACCUACUGCUGCAGCGUCCUGCUACUCAACAUGUACUACGAAGGAGAGGCCUACGUGACCCUCAGGGUCCUGAGUCCAUCUUCCGUGACUUCUAAGAUGGACAGCCCUAUGGCCUCGCCCUCAGCCUCUGAGAGGGUCGGAGUCAUUGCUGCCAUCAUGCUGAUCGUGGCGAUUGCCGUUCUCCUGGCGAGCUGUGUCGCUGUUAAAAAACGGAGGAGAUCAAGAAUGAAGAGAGUGGAGGGAGAUGAAGAGAAGCAAACGAAUAAAAGGAACAUCUCAAUCCCUCCAUCGAGACAGCAGAAUGACGAAGGGAAGAGCUUCUUUCAAAAAUGCCACCAAGAAGAAUGCUGGCUACCGUGAUCUACAGAGCUGGGAAUCAGUUCCUCUACAGAUCUCAUUUCUCUUUCUGUCUCUCUCUCUCUGCAUGCAGAUCUGUGGUGGCAGUGAGAUGUUAUCUCCCUCGCAUGUUAUGCAGGAGGUCGUGGGUUCACUCCCGAUCCUGACGAUGCCUGUUGUAUAUUUUGUAGUCCGCAUGUUUUCUCUCUCUCUUUCUCCCCAUGGUCAUUGCAUGGAUUAUUUCCGGGCCCUCCGUUUUUUAUGUCGAACUGAACUUCUUUUGAACCAUACGCAGCCUACCGUGCUUAUUGGAGGUGCAUCAACAUGAGAAUCAACAUGAGUUUAGAGUAUUUAGUGUGCCUUACCUAGUAUAUAAUUUUUUUAUAUAUUUUACGUGGCUAGGUUGCCAUGCAAUUCUUGCCAGCCGACAGACAAACUUCCACAAUUACAUAAAAAAAUGUAACUUAAUAGCAGUAAUUAUUUUGUAAAAUUACAGUCACACUUCAAAGUCAGUGGUUGUAAUCAAAGGGUGAUUUGGAGUGAAGACAGAGAGCCAGAAUGAAGAUGCCAAGACACGAGACUAGGUGAUUCCAAACACAUUGGGGUUAGCUACAUUAAAUGCUUGUGUCAAAUCUGGGGAACUGUUAACAGAUGAUCAGACACACUUCACGGCUCUUUCAGGAUUUCCCAACGGAAAAAGCAUGUCAGACAAAUAGCCAAAGAGAUCUCCUGAAUGCCAAACAUAUCUAUUAUUUCGUCUUCAAUAUCGUAUUUAUUUAUUUAUUCAUGACAAUGACAUCCGUACGUUGAACUUAUUUCUCACCACACGUAGCUAGCCAUGCUUAUAGACUGGUGACAAGGGGCCUGGAAUACAAAUCAGACCACCCUGCAUCUCUGUGUAAACCAUGUGGUUAUUCUCGUUAUUCAUGGUGCAAACAUUCACACGAAUGUGUUUGGGAGGGCAUGAUAACCGCAUUAGAAACCGCGUGGGCAAUGCUGGUUCAUGAUUAGCUCAGGAUUGAUGGGCCGUACUUUAGGCCCCAAAGACAAAGAUCCCACUUAUAGCCUUUACAGACUGUAGGGGCCAGUGCUAUUAUUAGCACAUAUGAAGGCCGGCACUGCACAUGAGGGGGUGGCCGGCACUGCCAUGAGGGGGUGGCCAGCACCACCACCAUAUACUCAUUUGAGACCCAAGUCGACCUAGGAGUCAAGUCCAGAACUGAUUCAGAUAAUCGGCACUGGUGUUGACCGUCAGGGGAAAUCCAACUCAGAUCUCUGCUGGGGUUUGUAGCGCUGCGCGCUAACCACUGCGCCAACGCUUUCCCCACAUUUUGGACACCACCGUUCCUCAGUGGGUCCCGUUCACCGCUAAAUCUCGGAACGCAGGCAGCGUUUCAGCUUCAAUGUUAUUGAGAGAGGCAUAGUAGCGCCGUCGUUUUUAAAGACGUUACUUACCGCAGAGAACCACGCUCUACGAUAGCUGGCGCCAAACUAUGCCACACAUCUGCCCGCAUGGCCUUGUGGGAGGAUCGAUACUGAUAGUUACUUUAGUUAUUUUAUUUGUUAAAAGGUUAACAUUAAUCUUUAGCCAUCCUUAAUUAUAGAAUAACACUUGCUUUACUUUCUAUAAUAUAUGGAAGAACCUGGUGAACUUAAAACAAUAUUUCUAGAUUUGAAGCUUUCGUGACUGCAAGGAUUCACUCUUUGUUUUUUUUGCGGUAAAGUCACGUAGGUACAAUAAAAAAAAUGAAAACUAAAUUAUAUCACGACGUUUCGGAGGCAACA